AUGCGUGUAUCUGACGCAGAGCUCCGCCAACUUGAUAUCGACCCAGAUGUUGAAAAUCUCCUUCAAAAACGCAAGAUCAUUAAGGCUUCUAGCCGUGCGCCAUCUGCACCUUAUCACAAGAAACCCCUUUCUAAAGCUAAGCACCCGGAGUCUCCUCUUUUGAAGCAGCAAGGCAAGCAGCCAGGGGAGAAAUCGCACUUCGCUGAAACGGGAGGUGUUCAGAGCGUCAUCGAGUCAUGGGUCAAGGGAUUCACAAAAUAUCCUCCGAAGCAGAAAGACGUUGACCACGUCAGAAAAUUUUUGGUGCAGAGCGUAGAAUAG